GGAUGGAACACACCUUUCUUGGAAUUGUUUUCCCAUCUCAGGCAGUUUCUUUUACAUUUUCGUCCUCCUUUUCACCAUCCUCAUCAACUGCAAGCCAGUCUUAGUUUGCUUCGGCAUUGUCAGUUGAUGCAACGGAUCGAUGUGCCUGGAUUGCCCUGCGGCUGCGUGGUGGUCGAGCAACCUUUUCUCCACAGGUCACCGAAUGCAUCAACGAGAAGACUCAGAAGAUGGGCUGCGAGGAGUUCGAAUUUGAAGGCUUUUUGGACCUUCUUAAGUCUGUGAGGGAGCGUUUGAAGCAGGUGCAGAGCAUCAAAUGCUGGCGGCUCUUCCAUGAGGCAGACAUCCUUGGGGUAGACAGCCUGGAGAUGCUGAAGAUCUUUUCGCUUCUGGAGAACAAGCUUGGUUUCUUCUUGCGCUCACAAGAAGAACACUCAGAGGCUGUGAACAUUUUCGCGUCGUGUGACGCGGAUUGUGAUGGUUGUUUGAACCUGGACGAGUUUCAAGCUUUUGUCCAAAAGGUAAGAGCCAAGUUGCUGACGCUUCGUCGGCGAGAAGAAGUCCAGAUUGCAAAGAAGUUUGAUUUGGAGCCGGAGAUUCUGCACGAGUUUCGCUCAAAUUUGCCGUUCUUGUGGAAGAUUUUCGAGCGCUACUCCUUCAACAAGCCGGACCAAGGUGUGCGCAAGGAAGACCUUUUGCCAUACAUGGUGGAUAUCGGCCUGGCUCCAUCCAAUACUGAAGAGCCUCAGUGUCUUCCAUUGAUUGACAUCAUCACAGAGUUUGCCCGGCCUUACACCAAGUUCCCUGCCUUGCUGGACAUCAUGCAGAAGGGGCGUUUGGCGGUCCGUGCCAGUCUGGAAGAGGACUUAACAGCUAGCUUCCGGUACUACGAUCGGGACGGAAGCGGGCAACUGAGCAUGCAAGAAAUCUACGGAAUUCUCGAGGAGUUUGGAAUGCUUCCACGGAGCAAAGCGGAGCAGCAGGAGGUGGGGCUCGUCAUAGAGCAGUUGGAUCGAGAUGGAUCUGGUGCUUUUGAUCUCUUCGAGUUUCAUGAUUUUUUUCAGAUGAUGAUCGAGCAAGGGCGGCUAACUGAGCGCAAGAACGAGCAUGAGGCUGCAAUCAGCCUCAACUUCUCUGAAGAAAACUUUGCAUACCUCCGGAGGACUUGGAUGUCACUGAAGCCUCGAAUGGAUGGGACUGUGACGCAGAUGAACCUGGCCCAUUCCUUGGUGCACCUCUUGCAACUCUUGAAUCCUGGUGGCCUUUCUUCUGAUGAGCCAGUGCGGAACUACAUGCGCUCUGUGCAGCAGGCUCCCGACAUCGCCAUCAAUUUUGUUGGCUUCCUGAACACUGUGCGACAUGUAAUGGCCAGCGCAGAAGAGGAAGUUGAUGAUGCCAAAGGAGAUCGAGGAGAAAAGAAAAAGACUGCCAGCUACACUUCAUGACAGGAUUAGAGCAUCCGCACCUGAAGCUGCCCAAGGCAGAGAGGUAGAAUGAGGACAGUCCCCACUCGACGGAAAGAGUGAU